GAGGCCGGCGGGCGCGCGUGCACCGCCCUGCCUGCUUGGUCCCCGGGCAGACGCCCCUGCACGAUCGUCGCCCGCCCCGCGGGGCUCCGGCCGGCUUGCCUUCCUGCCUGCGGUGUCCUGCUGAGCGACCCUGGAGUACACAUCCAGAUGCCGACCCAGCUGCCACAGGGGAUCCCUCUGGGAGACUGAAAGGACAGGUUCUGGACAGGUUGAGGCUGACCAGCCCUGACCCUCAGGCCAGGGGAAUGGCAGCCCCCUUGGAGCCCCAGGACCAGGCCCCUGGGGUGGGAGAAGGGCUUCUGAUUGUGAAAGUGGAAGAUUCCUCCUGGGAACAGGAAUCUGCCCAGCAUGAGGACAGCAGGAAUUCCGAAGCCUGCCGCCGGCGCUUCCGGCAGUUCUGCUACGGGGAUGCGCAUGGGCCUCACGAGGCCUUCAGCCAGCUCUGGGAGCUGUGCUGCCGCUGGCUGCGGCCUGAGCUACGCACCAAAGAGCAGAUCCUGGAGCUGCUGGUGCUGGAGCAGUUUCUGACAGCGCUGCCGGGGGAGAUCCAGGGCUGGGUGCGUGAGCAGCACCCAGGAAGUGGCGAGGAGGCUGUCGCCUUGGUGGAGGACCUACAGAAGCAGCCAGUGAAAGCCUGGCCGCAGGAUGUGCCCUUGGAGGAGGCGGAACCCAAGGCUGCGGGCCAGGGAUCUCAGGCCAAAGGGCCUCCCUCGACAGUAGGGGCACGGAGGCAGCCACCUGUUCCCCAGGAGCCGCACAGCCAUGGCGCCCAGCUUCCUGCUCUUCUUAGAGAGGGGCAGACCAGAGAGCCAAUGGAUACCUGCUUUGUCUCCGGCGUCCAUGGACCUGUGGCAUCAGCAGACAUUCCAUUCUAUUUCUCCCAGGAAGAAUGGGGCACCCUGGACCCUGCUCAGAGGGAUCUCUUCUGGGACAUAAAGCGGGAGAACUCCCGGAACACCACUCUGGGUUUGGGGCUCAAAGGCCAAAGCGAGAGGUCCCGGCCAGAGGAGGUGGUGCCAGCGCUGCCAGGACAGGCGGCCCUGGGCCCAGUGGUGGGCGCGCGACGGGGACGCCCACCCACGCGCCGUCGUCAGUUCCGGGACCUGGCGGCUGAGAAGCCACACAGCUGCGCGCAGUGCGGGAAGCGCUUCCGCUGGGGCUCAGACCUGGCGCGGCACCAGCGCACGCACACGGGCGAGAAGCCGCACAAGUGCCCCGAAUGCGACAAGAGCUUCCGCAGCUCCUCAGACCUGGUGCGCCACCAGGGCGUGCACACAGGCGAGAAGCCUUUCUCCUGCUCCGAGUGCGGCAAGAGCUUCAGCCGCAGCGCCUACCUGGCCGAGCACCAGCGCAUCCACACAGGCGAGAAGCCCUUCGGCUGCAGCGACUGCGGCAAGAGCUUCUCGCUGCGCUCCUACCUGCUGGACCACCGGCGCGUGCACACCGGCGAGCGGCCCUUCGGCUGCGGGGAGUGCGACAAGAGCUUCAAGCAGCGCGCUCACCUCAUCGCACACCAGAGCCUGCACGCCAAGAUGGCCCAGCCGGUGGGGUGAGCAGCCAGCUUGCCCGGAAACCCCGGGAGGCCUAGCCGCGGCACAUCGUUUCGGCCACGGGACUUUCUUCCCAUCUGUGGCCACCUCCCAGGCUGUCCAAGGGAGUCCAGGGCACCCUACAUGCAGAGCUGGCCUGCCCUGCUGUGCUCUUGUUGCAUUGAACUUAGCACAGAAAGUCAACACCAGAACAAAAGUAUGCCAAAUUGCAGGGUUUAUUGCCGGCGACCACGGAGGACUCACGUCUCUCCAACCCGUGGCCCCGAAAGAAGGACAAGACCUUUUUAUACCCGCAAAACCACUUUGGGAGUGGGGGUGGAGAUGGGAAUGAAAGCUGUCAAUCACCUCCCAGGCUAAGACGAGGGUGAGGGGCUUCAGACAUUCCGAGGGCCAGUGGAUUCAAAUCACCUUCUGGGCGGAGAGGAGGGUGAGGGGGUUCCGGACAUUUCGAGGGCCAGGGGACUCUUUGACAUUCUGAUUGUUAUUUAAGGGUUCACAGAUGCUAAGAUUAGCAUUCAUUUACACAUCGUCUGGGUAGGGGUGGGAUCCAUAGAUUUUCAGUUGCUUGGCGCCAGGAUGGAAUGAUCUGAGGGUGCUUACUCUGGGAAACGAAGGCCAGCAAUUCUGGCAGAUAAGAGAAGGUAUGCAGCUUUACCUCUCUUUGCAUCCUGCAAAUGAUCUAGCAAUUUACAGAAACCAAGGUUAGCAGUCCUUGAGGAGAAUGGAAACAUUUUUGUCUUUCAUAAGAUGGCAGUAUACAGGUUCCAACUUAAGUCAGCUAUAUCACGUUCCCCCCUGUUCUUAUAACAUGUAUUGAAUCUUCAAUAGGUGUCUUUUUCUUGACACAGGGGCCCAUAGUUGGAUCUUAGAACUAUUUACUGAAUCUAUUCUUUCCUGGAUAAAUUUGCAGAGCAUGUUUAAAAGACAUGGCCUAAAUGUCAACCUUAGGACCACUAAUAUUAAGGGUCCUGCUAACCCAGUGAGCAGGGACGUCAGCCAGGGGACCAAGAGAACAGUUUUUGGUACCAAUUUCCUGAGGCCUCUCUGAGGUGUUUCCUUGUUUCUAAGUCUUUCCUAACCAUAGCAAGGCUGUCUCGGAUAAUUCCAGAGUUAUUUGCAUAGAAGCAACAUUGCUCACCGAGAGCCGCGCACAGCCCUCCUUCCUUCAAGAGCAACAAGUCUAACCCCCUUCUAUUUUGCAAAACCAUUUCAGCCAAGGAGUCUACUUGUUCAGCUAAUCUGGUGAUGGAAUUUUCCAGAGGGGCAAUAUCUGCAUCUAUUUGAUGUGAAAGAGUUUGGAAAUUUUUGUCCCCAGUGACUCAGGCAGAUAUUUCUAUAGGGGUGGACCCUGCAAUUCCAAGUCCUACUAAUAGGGGUAUAAUUAUGGGGGCCCGUUUCCAACGUCUGUCUGUAUUGGGUGCUAUGAGAAUUUCACUUAUCUGGUGUGGACUCUGGGUAUAAAUAUAGCCUCAUUGUCUGAAGCUGUUUUUCAGCCACUACGUUUCUAUACCCUGUUUCCUUUGCUUUCACCGCAUUUCCCCGCCCCAUCUUUUUGUUUUCAUUUGUCUGACAGUAUUUGCAUCUAGGCUCUCACUUAAGAGUGCAGAGGUCUAGGGAGAAGGUUAUGGCAUCUCUGGGAAUGUACUCUAGGGUUAAGUUGACAAGGGUGGUUCUAGCCCUAAGUACAGUACUAACAAAUUGUUCCAUUGAGCCUUCCUAUUGACAAGGGGGCACUAAGGGGGGUGGUUACAGGAAUUAAAGGGAUUAGGAUGACAAGUUUGAACGGCGCGAAAGUCUUAGCUGUAGGGAGUCCGUUGAGGAUGAAACUACUUCCCAUCUUGCAUCGGGAGGGGCAGGUCUUGACGUGUGGAUGGUGAAUCCAGGCAGUCUGUCCACCUUGACUGCUGUGGGGGUGACCAGAAUCACGGUGUAGGGUCCCUUCCAGCGAGGAUUCAGGCCGGAGACAGUGAAUUUCUUUAUCAGGACUUCGUCCCUGGCUGGAAGGGGGUGUACCGCCUAGUCAGUGAGGCCCCCUGGGGUAGGUCGAGCUCCCCUUAUCAGAGUGCACCUGGGACUGAACACACUGGAGUGCCUGCAAAGACUUAAGGAGUGUAUGCUUAUGAAUUUUAGCAUGCACGGUAUCCAUGGGUAUGGGAAGUAAGGGAGGGGGCUUUCCAAACAUAGCUUCAAAAGGAGUAAAGCUUUUCUUAUAGGGAGUACAUUGGGCACUGAGGAGAACAAAAGGAAGCAGGUUGAUCCAGUUUUCACCGCUCUCUAGGAUAAAUUUUGUUAAAGUUUCCUUUAUGGUCCAGUUCAUCCUUUCAACCUGCCCAGAACUCUGGGAGCGAUAGGCACAGUGUAGCUUCCAGGAUAUGCCCAGGGCCUUGGACAGGCCCUGAGAAACUUGCGCCGUAAAGGCGGGGCCAUGAUCUGAUCCCAGCGUCAGGGGCAAGCCGAACCGAGGAACCAGAUCCUGUAGCAAUCUCUUUGUUACUACCAGCGCGGUUUCUGACCUAGUAGGAAAAGCCUCGACCCAUCCAGAGAAAGUGUCUACAAACACAAGGAGGUAUUUAUAGCCGCAAGCUGGGGGCUUUAUUUCAGUAAAAUCUACUUCCCAGUGUUCCCCUGGGCUAGUCCCCUAAGUCUUAUCCCUGCCUGACUAGACCUACUGGCCCCUGGAUUUACUCUGGCUCAGACCUCACAACGAGUAGAAGUUUCCUUAACAAUCUCAUAUAAAUGUGGAAUGUAGUAUCUGGCCCUCAGCAGCUCAGUUAGUUUUGUUUGCCCUAAGUGGGUAGCCUGAUGUAUGUCCUUAGCUAGAACCCUUCCUAGGGCCUCGGGGAGCACAAUCCUUGUGUCUGGUAGAAUCCACCAUCCUGUGGAAUCUUGCCAUCCCCCCUGUUCUUUAGCAAAGUUUUCUUCCUCAGGCGAGUAUAUUGGGGUAGGAGGCAGGUUUGGGGCCGGCAGAGUCGCAAGAAGAGUCAGAGGUUUUACCGGCCCCAAGGCUGCCUGUCUGGCUUGCAGGCCUGCUGCCCUAUUUCCCCUUGCCGCUGGUGAAUCUCCUUUCUGGUGUCCUUUGCAGUGUAUGAAUGCUACUGCUUUAGGCUUCCAUGUAGCUUCUGUUCUAGUAAGGCUAGGGGUUCCUCUUCUAGACUCUUUGUUUUUGAUGAUUUUUCCCUGAGGUAAGCAGCCCUCUUUCUUUAUAAAUGGCUCCAUGUACAUGGGCCGUAGCAAAGGCAUAUUGACUAUCUGUGUAGAUAUUGACAGUUUUUCUCUCUGCCCAGUUCAAGGCCUUUAUUAGAGCUAUGAGUUCUGCCUUCUGGGCUGAGGUCCCGUAUGGGAGAGCUUGGGCCCAGAUAACCCGCUCUAGGGUGACCACAGCUGCCCCGGCAUACCUGACUCCAUUGACCAUGAAGCUGCUUCCAUCUGUAUACAGUACCUCCUCCGGGUUCUGCAGGGGCAUGUCGGUGGGGAUCUGGCCGUGCAGCGUGGAGGACAUCUGUAGUCUGUUGGCAGUCAUGUAAGGGCUCCUCUGGCUUGCUGUCAGGUAGCAAUGUAGCAGGGUUUAAAACUGUGGUCUUUAAGAACUUUAUGCGGGGCUGAUCCAAAAGUAAGGCCUGAUAUUGAACUACGCGGGCGUUUGACAUCCAUUUUCCCGGGGCUCCACGGAGUAGCGACUCCACCGCGUGGAGAGCUACUAAGUUUAACUCCUGCCCCAAAGUCAGCUUGUCCGCCUCCUUGACUAAUAAGGCUAUGGCUGCUACCACUCUUAGGCAAGCUGGCCAUCCGGAGGCUACGGGGUCAAGUUUUUGAGAGGUAGGCGACUGGCCAGGACCAGGGUCCCAGAGUUUGGGUGAGUAACCCCUUAGCGACUCCCUGUUUUUCAUGCACAAACAACUGGAAAGGUUUAGAGAUGUCUGGCAAGGCCAAGGCGGGGGCCGCAGUCAGGGCAGUCUUGAGCUUGUCCAAAGCCCGUUGCUCUACCUCUGUCCAUGUCAAGGGCUGAUUUCCUCCAGUGCAGGCAUACAGGGGCUUGGCUAUCUCAGCAAAUCCCAAAAUCCAUAGUCUUCAGUAUCCUACUGCCCCAAGGAAUUCUUGAACUUGGCAUUUCGUAGUAGGGGUGGGUAUUUGCAGCACUGCUUGGAUUCGGCUGGGUGCCAGUGCCCGGUUGCCCUUCUCUAUAAUAUAGCCCAGGUAAGUAACUCUCGGCUGGCAGAGUUGGGCCUUUUUAGCUGAGACCCGGUACCUUAAAGUCUGCAGGGUUUUUAAUAAUGACUGAGUGGUCUCUUUACAGGCCUCCUGGGUUUUUGUAGCCAAGAGUAAGUCAUCCACGUGUUGGAGCAGGGUACAUUCUGGGAACUCAGCUCGGAAAGCUGUAAGGUCUUGGCUCAAUGCCUCAUCGAACAGCGUAGGGCAUUUUUGAACACCUGCGGCAGUCUCGUCCAAGUGACUUGCCCAGAAACCCCUGUGUCCGGGUCAGUCCAUUCAAAAGCAAAUAAGGGCUGGCUGACCGGAGCCAGCGGUAUACAGAAGAAUGCGUCUUUUAGGUCCAGGACCAUGUAGUGGAGGUGGUCCGGGGCCAAUAGACUCAGGAGGGUGUAUGGGUUCGGAACUGUAGGAUGAACAGUUUCCACUCGUUUGUUUACUUUCCUCAAGUCCUGUACAGGUCGAUAGUCCUUUGUGCCUGGUUUUAAGACGGGGAGUAAGGAUUCCUCCUUUUAGAAGUCUGGUUAUAUGUGGAGCAAUUCCCCGUCUAGCUUCCUGGCUCAUGGGAUAUUGUCGUACCUGGACUGGAGUUGCCAUUGCCAAUACUGGACCAUGACUGGGGUACGGUGACUUGCCAAGCUUGGGGGAUUUGUUUCAGCCCAUACUCCAGGUACCUUUUCUUGAAACUGGCAGAGGAUGUCUGAUGUUGGCGGGUGAUCUGCUUCUGAGGAUAAAGCUUCCUGCAAGAGAUACUUGUCUGAUAGAGCACAGGUGAUGAGGAUUUUCUGAGAUGGCCCUAAUGUCAAGGCGGGGGGACGGAAUUGAGAGGCAAGCCUGACUUGCAAAAAGAAAUAUUUGCUUGAAGUUUGUGGAGUAAAUCCCAUCCUAGGAGUGGGUAUGGACACUCUGGAAUAACUAAAAAGGAGUGGGUGACCGUACCGUUUCCCAGAUCAAUGAGUCGGUUGGUGGUCCAAGGGCUUGAUGUGGUUUUUUCCUGUAGCUCCCUGAAUAAUUGUUUUUCUGUUGGACAGUGGGCCGCACCGGUGUUGAGCAAGAAACUGACAGGUGUGACUCCAACUUUCAAAGUGACCCUGGGCUCCUGGGGGCUUAGUUGAUAAGAGCCCGGGGUCUGUCAGUCCCUGGUUUCCAAGCUGAAGAUGGCCCUUGGCUGUCUCUCCUGUAUUACCCUCGACUCCUUCUUUCUGGACAUUCCUUCCUCCAGCGUCCCUCUCUUCGGCAGAAUGCGCAUUGGUUAGGCUCCAACUGGGGCCUCUGUCUCCUAGGGCCUCUCUGCUGGAUUUCUGGUCCCCUUGAGAUAACUCGGGUUUCCUGACCUCCAAUGGAGGUGUAGGUUUCCUGGAGAGCUGCUAUUACUGCCCUAGUAACUCUCUUGUUUGGCUUCUAAGGUGUCUCUAUUGUUAAAAACCUUUUGGGCGAUCUCCAACAACUGAGUUAGAUUUAUUCCCUGGAACCCCUCUAAUUUUUGUAACUUUCUUUUGAUGUCUGGGGCUGACUGGGAAACAAAAGCUAGAUUGAUGGCCUGCUGAUUUUCCGGGGCCUCAGGGUCAAUAGGGAUGUAGGUGCGGUAAGGUCCUGUAGGCGCUCAAGGAAAGUGGCAGGAGGCUCCUGUGGACCCUGGGUCACGGUCCCUACCUUGGAGAGGUUGGUGGGUUUUUGGGCUGCCCCCUUAAUUCUCUCUAAUAAGUACCGGUGAAAAUUGUUCAAAGCCUGCAUGCCCGCUGGGGUGUUUGGGUCCCACUGGGGCCUGGUGGAAGGGAAAAGUUCAUUCAUUUGUUCCUGGCCGUCUUGUACUGACCCUCCCCCUGUCCCAAGUAUUGCUUUAUGGGCUUCUUGUCUAAUUCUACUCCUCUCCUCUGUGGUGAACAAACUCAGUCAUUGUUGGCAGUUAUUCUAAGUGGGGCGAUAAGUCUGCAGUACAGAUUUUAAGUGCCCAGAACGGGGGAUGUUGAGCUUUCCGACAGAAUUUACAAAACCUCGCUACCGCCUUAUGAUCCUCAGCUUCCCAAGCACGACCCCUUCCCGGGGAACUUUCCAUCUCAGCAGGUUUCUAACCCUCCCCCUCUCGCCUUGUUAGCAGUUCCCCAGCCCUCCCAGGAACUAUCAAACUUAGCACUUCCCCAGCCCCUCCCCUCCCAUACAGCCCCUCACACUGGAGGCAUCUGCCGGCUUGCAGGCCAUAGGAAUCCCCUUUGCCAUGCCACAGGUGCUGCAUGUUAAUUUUGGGUGCAGCCCAGCAGAUUUUUUCUUGCUCUCAAUAAAGCUUGUGCCAGCA